AUGAAAGAGGAGCCGCUAUUCUUGAGGCAUCUGCUGACAGUCACAUACAUUUUGGUCUUCCUGCGGUUCCUGCGGGACCAGUCGCUGCUGAACGCCCUGCUAGCGGUGCAGGUGGUGUCGCUGACCAAGUUCACGGCCAACAUCCUGAGCACUUACUUCGACGCAGACACGCCACCAGAAUCGGCGCCCGCGCUCAAGAAGCUGCUGGCCAAGGCGCUGUACGUGCUGCAGCUGUUCUUCGUGCUGCAGACGGCACACACCUUGGCGUACCAUGCCAUGUUGGACCUGGACGCGGAUGUGUGCCGCUGGGUUUACGGCUACCUGUUCACGGACCUGCUCGGAGAGUUCGACUGCAAGAGCCGAGGGCGCUCCAUGCUAUUCGUGCUGGACGCGCUGCUGCUGCUGUGCCAGCUGCAGCUGGCGACGUGCAGGCUGGUCCUGCUGAAGGAUGGCCGCCGGGUGACCAUAGAGCAUUUUUCUGUGGAGGAACACGGGAUACUGUCGAUUUUGAUGAUACAGGCGUUUCGGUUGCGGGCGUCCGACUGGGAGAUCGCCAUCACGACGCCGUUGCGGAGUUGCGGGGAAGCUUCGGGCAGGAGCGCAGGUCGGAGCACGGUUUCCAGUGGAGAGGACGCCAGCGACGUGAGUCAGGGUAACAGCACUGCAUACUAUGGCAGCACCCAGUAG